ACCUCCUUCAUGGGUCCCAACGCCGAGUACGCCGCCAUCCCCGCCAAGUUCCUCCCCGGCUUCUUCAAGGUCCCCAACACACACAACGUCGACCUCCCCCUCUUCGUCGGCGCCCUCGGUAUGCCCGGUAUGACCGCCUACGAGGGCUUCUACGAGAUCGGAAAGCCCAAGAAGGGCGAGACCAUCUUUGUCUCCUCCGCCGCCGGUGCCGUCGGCCAGAUUGUCGGCCAGCUUGCCAAGGCCGAGGGCGUCAAGGUCAUUGGCUCCGUCGGUAGCGACGAGAAGCUCGACUUCAUCAUCAACCAGCUCGGCUUCGACGCCGGCUUCAACUACAAAACCGAGUCCCCCCACGACGCCCUCAAGCGCCUCGCGCCCCAGGGUAUCGACAUGUACUUUGAGAACGUCGGUGGCGACCACCUCGAGGCUGCCCUUGAGUCCUUCAACCAGCAGGGCCGUAUCAUCGGCUGCGGCAUGAUCUCCGACUACAACACCCCGCGCGAGCAGCAAAAGGGCGUCCGCGGCCUCUUCCACCUCGUCGCCAAGAAGCUCUCCUUCCAGGGCUUCCUCGUCAACUUGUCGCCGGAGAAGUAUAAGCCCUUCCAGGAGAAGGUGCAGCCUAUGAUUGCCAAGGGCGAGCUUAAGGUCAAGAUCCACCAGACGGAUAGCAUUGACCAGGCUGCUGAGGGUUUCGUUGGCAUGCUUACCGGCCAGAACUUUGGCAAGGCUGUCUUGAAGAUUGCUCAGGAGUAAGAGGUUAAUUAGCGGAUGAAAAAUAUUGCAUUGCAUAAAAGGAUGGGAAAAGCAUGUUAGAUGUAUACUAUAAUGACAAUUGAUGACCAAUGAAC